UAUAUCAUCUUAUAAAUAGAGGACUAGGAUAUACAACAUUCACAAAAUCAUAAUUGAAUCAAACAUAGCACAACACUUUUAUCUCAAUUGAGUACAUCUCGUUUCAUAGUCAUAAUAAUCACUAUGGCUGAGGAGGAGAAACACCACCACCACCUUUUCCACCACAAAGACAAGGGAGAAGAGGGCCCUGUCGACUACGAAAAGGAAAUCAAACACCAUAAGCAUCUUGAACAAAUUGGUAAACUUGGCACUGCUGCUGCCGGUGCCUACGCCUUGCAUGAGAAACAUGAUGCUAAGAAGGAUCCAGAGCAUGCACACAAACACAAGAUAGAGGAAGAGAUUGCAGCUGCUGCUGCUGUUGGUGCUGGAGGAUUUGCAUUGCAUGAGCACCAUGACAAGAAGGAUGCAAAGAAAGAGGAAAAAGAAGCUGAAGGGGGACACCACCACCACCACUUCUAAAUUCCUAUAUUUUAAUUAGAUUUUUAAUAUUUGUUGAAUUUCCUACUGUAAUGCUCUCUGUAGUAGAUGCAUGUGUGAUGUUUCCUAAAUAAUCAUGUGUGUGUUUUUCGACUUACGUACCUCGUAAUUUUCUGUUAGAACUACCUUGUAUAUUUGUGGUAUAAUAAAUGACAGUUUAUGUGCA